AUGGCGGCAGGGGCAGUUGUUUCUGCUAUUGUGGAGAACCUUUUAUGGAGCUUGAGCUCUCUGAUCGGCCGUGAGAUCGCAUUAAUAUAUGGUGUCAAUUCAGAGCUUGAAAUUCUCAGCAGGAGGUUAUCAACAAUUCAAGCCGUGCUUCAAGAUGCAGAGGAGCAGCAAAUCAACAACCCAGCUGUGAAAAUUUGGCUCCAGAGUCUCAAGGAUGCGGCUUACGGUGCAGAAGACGUAUUGGACGAGUUCCUGACAGAAGCUCUUCGUCGCAAAAUGGGCAACCGCGCGAUUACAAAGGUAAGCAAGAUCUUCUUACGCUCUAGAAUGGGUCAUAAAAUUAAGAGGGUUUUGGAAAAAAUAGACAGAAUUGCAGCUGAAAGGUCUCAGUUUAAUUUGAGGGAGUCUGAAGUGAACAGAAGAGAUGAAAAUACAGAGGGACGAGAGACUGAUUCCUUUGUGAUUGAAUCAGAAGUUUAUGGAAGAGAUGAAGAUAAAGAGAAGAUUGUAAAAAUGCUAAUCAGCAGUGGUGACGAAGCUAAUGAUUUUUCAAUCAUAGUCAUCCCCAUCGUUGGCAUGGGGGGACUAGGCAAGACAACAAUUGCUCAGCUAGUAUACAAUGAUGACAGAGUAAAAGGGUACUUUAACCUACGAAUGUGGAUUUGUGUUUCUGAUGAUUUUGAUGUAAAGAAGCUUGUAAGAUCAAUUAUAGAAUCUGCUACUGCUGGUGCUAAAUGUGACAUCUCAGACAUGGAUCCAUUACAGCAUCGCCUACAAGAGGUGUUGCGGGGGAAGCUAUUUUUACUCGUUCUAGAUGAUGUAUGGAAUGAGGAUCAUGAGAAAUGGGAUAGAUUGAGAAAAUAUUUGAUGUGCGGAGCAAGAGGAAGCAAAAUCAUAGUAACUAGUCGCAGUUACGGAGUGGCAGAGAUAAUGGGCACAGUGGAACCAUACUCUCUAGGGGUUUUAUCUGAGGAAGGCUGUUGGUCUUUAUUCAGGGAAAGAGCUUUUAGGGACAGAGGCGAAGAAGAGGCUAAUCCAAAUCYGGUGGCUAUAGGAAAGGAGAUCGUGAAUAAGUAUGGAGGAGUACCGUUAGCGGUAAAAGCUCUAGGAGGUCUAUUGAGGUCUAAGAAAGAAGAGAAAGAAUGGUUGUCAGUUAGAGACCACAGGAGUAGUUUAAUCGAAGAAGAUGAAAGUGGAAUCUUACCUGCCCUGAAAUUGAGUUACAAUAGUCUCCCAUCACCCAUGAAGCAAUGUUUUGCUUUUUGUGCAUUGUUUCCUAAAGACUACAAAAUUCCAAAGAAUACUCUAAUUCAGUUAUGGAUUGCGCAUGGCUUUAUUCCAGCUGAGUUUUCAUCUGUAGGGAAAGAGGUAGAGGACGUUGGAAAUGAGUAUUUCAAUGACUUUAUAAGGAGGUGUUUAUUUCAAGAUGUCGUGAAAGAUGAAUAUGGAAAUAUUAAGGAAUGUAAGAUGCACGACCUAGUGCACGAUCUUGCUGGAUCCAUUGGAGGGAAAGAAUGCAUGACUAUGGAUGUUGGGAAUGAUAAUUGGAGGGAAAGUAUUCAUAAAAGGAUUUAUCAUGCAUCAAUUUACUUUCCUUAUGAUAAUGAAAGGAAGGUAGAAGUUUUCACAGCGCUCCACAAGGCACAGAAUCUACGAACAUUGCUUCUUAUGCACCAAUGUUGGGAGCCUACUCUACCACGUGGUUGUUCCUUAAGAUUUAAGGGAUUACGUGUGCUUGAUUUACAUGAUACAACUAUUAAGACGCUCCCCAUUUCCAUCAGCCAGCUUAAACAUCUAAGGUAUUUAGACCUCUCUACCACUUCUAUAAGGAAACUUCCAACAACCUUUACUUCCCUCCAAAAUCUACAAACCUUAAAGCUCUUGGAUGCUCAUCGCUUUGCAGAGCUGCCACGAGACUUGAGAAAGAUGGUUAACCUCAGGCAUCUCGAAUUUAAUGGACAUACAAAGGUGAAUAAGAUGCCAUUAAGGAUGGGGCAACUAACAGGGCUACAAACGUUGACAAGGUUUAUUGUUGGUAAAGAGAUAGGUAGGACAAUAACAGAGUUAAAGGACCUAAAUAACCUCCGAGGUCAGAUUAGGAUUGAAAAACUGGAAAGUGUGAGGAGUGCAAGUGAAGCAGAGACAGCCGACUUGAAGAAUAAGCCAAACCUAUAUGGGUUGGAAUUACGUUGGGAAGACGAUAAUUUGGGAGAAGAAGAGGUGGGGGUGGAGGGUGUGAUAGAAUGCCUUGAACCACAUCCGAAUUUGAAAAAAUUAAGGGUACACGGAUAUCCAAGACCAGAGAUUCCAAGCUGGAUGGCACUACUACCAAACCUUGUUACACUAACAUUAGUGAAUUGCAAAAAAAUGGAAUCUCUCCCGCCUUUGGGAAAAUUGCACAAGCUCAAAGUGCUCACUAUUCAAGGGCUAGACGCAGUUACCCACAUGGGUAAUGAAUUGUUGUAUGGUUCUGAUGAUUGCAUUAAUGAAGGCAGCAGGGCAACAGUGGCAUUUCCGUCAUUGACCAAUUUUACAUUAGAAAAAAUGGCCAAUUUGGAAGAAUGGCUGUUGUUUGGUGACUUGCAAUUUCAGGGGGAAAGACGACCGCAAGUAUUACCUCGCCUUGAAUACUUGUAUAUCUCACGUUGCCCCAAGUUGAGAUAUUUGCCAGCUCUGGGGGAAUUGCCUCGUCUUAAAGUACUCGACAUAAUAGCACUGGAUGCAAUUACACAAAUGAGCAAGGAGUUGUACUUGCAUGGUAAUGAUAAUACUGAUGGCAUGGAAACAGUGUUAUUUCCAUUAUUGACUAGAUUUCGAUUAUAUUUUAUGGCCAAUUUGGAAGAAUGGCUGUUGUUUUGUGACUUGCAGUUCCAGGGGGAAAGACGGCCGCAAGUAUUACCUCGCCUUGAAUACUUGUAUAUCUCACAUUGCCCCAAGUUGACAAUGUCAAAUGCGUUGCCACAUCUUACUACUCUGAAAUUCUUGUCUGUUAUGGCUUGUCAAACGUUUUGGCAUAUUUCGAUAUCGUACCCCACAGCCCUUAAAGAAUUGUCUAUUAGGAGUGCAUCUGAUCUGGAACGUUUGCCAGAGAGCAUGCAACCCCUCACCAAACUUCAAGAAUUGACAAUUUGGGAUUGUCCUAAACUGGAGUGUUUGCCAGAGUGGAUCGACUGUUUGGUAUCGCUUCGAAUGCUCAUCCUUUACGAUAAUCCAAAUCUUCAGAAUCUUCCGAUGGCAAUUCAACGCCUCCACUCACUUCAAUCAUUAACGAUCCAUGAAUGUCCCCAGUUAAAGAUACAAUGUGAGAAGGAGCGAGGUCCAGAUUGGCAUAAAAUUGCUAAUAUUCCAAACAUUGUUAUACUUUAG